AUGGCAAAGAUUGCGAUCGCAAGUGAGAGCAUUGCCCCUGCAGCUACGUCGCAGGUCGAAAUCUUUCAGCGUGAAGGCGCCAUGGUUGCGCCAGCUGUGCCCGAGAUCCAUGAGGAGGAGGAACUGCAUGUUGCCAUCGACGCGCGUACCGACUCUCUCCAAAACUUACGGGAGUUAGGUCCCCCAGAUCUGGUAUACCUUGUGAAACAGCCAAAGGCCAAUUCAACCCGGCAGACCGGAGUGUACCACCAUGUAACCGGAGUCGAUGCCUCUUCCUCUGCCAGUCUCGCUGCCUACGUCAACUCUCUCACAUUCUCCCCCCUCGAUAAGACAAACAAAGUAGUGUCGGGGAUCUACUGCUGCUACAAUGCCUUCUCACACUUAGACAUGCGGGUGGAGGUGAAGAUCCCUGGAAGCUUAGAAAGUUACUGCAUUGAUGAGCGAGGCGACAAGCGAGUGGCCACCGAGGCUCUCUGGCUCGAGACUUUCCUCUGUGGUGUUCUGCGUGCUUAUCUCUAUGCCGAUGAUGGCAGCGGUGAUGCGAUUAAGAAGAUUGUGGGUGUCCGACGUUUCAACCCAAUUACGAAUACAGAGAUGGAGCACAAGUUCCUGGAUGCAGCGGAAAGGCUUUUUUUCUUGGGUCGUCAACUGAGCUCCGACCCCGAAACUCAAGUACCGAACACUGUCAGUAACCACUUAACAUCUGGUAUCCUAAAGUACAUUCACACAACGGGCCGUUAUACCUCGGGUAUCAAUUUGUUUGAGAAACUGCGCACUCGGGACGUCGAGGUGUCGUCUCUCUUGGCUCGAGUUCAAUUGAUGGCUGAUGAGGAGGUACGGGCUGUACGUCUGAUGUACGAUGCCUUGCAGGAUGUUCCAAUGGAUUAUUCUCUACUUGACUGCCAAGCAGCCUUUUGCCAGGAUAAGGGUGAGCUUGAAAUGGCUUUGCAGUGUGCGCAACGUGCGGUUACUGCAGCCCCAAGCGAGUUCACAACCUGGGCUCGUCUCGCCGAGGUCUAUAUCGGCCUUGAACAAUGGGACUUGGCUCUUCUGACCCUCAACUCAUGCCCUAUGUUUACCUACCAAGACAAAGACUCCCCUCGGAUGCCUCAGCCGUCUCGAAUUAUGCUCCCUAUUCUCAGUGAGAGUGUUUUGGAUGAAAUUGAUGAAGGUCAGCCUAAGCAAGGAGAUCCUCACGAUUAUAUCCAUCCAUCUCUCCGGAAAUUACAGGCAGCUGGCUACCAAGGGACUUUUUUGAAGGCUUACAACCUUUUGACCAGGAUUGCUGCUGCAAUCGGGUGGGAUCAACUCCUGAAAUGUCGCAGCGAGGUAUUUGUGAUGGAAGAGGAGUAUCGCGUUGAGCGGCAGCAUGUUUCCAAGCCUGCUCAGUCCCUCGAGGCAGAGACAAACGGGGCAGCUUUAGGGGAUAAUAGCGAGGAUGAAGGCACUGAGUCAGGGUCUGUUUCAGGCCCUGGUCCCGCUGAAACCGAAAAGGUGGAACCUGAGAGCGGGAUCGAGCGCCCUGAGCAAACAGUGGCAUCAGAAGUAGUAAAGUCUGGCAAUGACGAUCCCGAUCCAUCCCACCACCAGUACACUCAAUUUCACAACAAGCGCCUUUGCGAGCGAUGGUUGGAUAAUCUCUUCAUGGUUCUCUACGAAGACCUCCGCAUUUACACUAUUUGGCGGACCGAAAUGGCCCAGUUCCGCCAACAGGCUAUGGAAUACAAGAAAUCUGCCCCUGAGUGGGAGAUUCUCGGCGAGCUGGCAGAACGGUUGCACCAUUUUGACGAGGCGAUCGAAGCAUACCAAAGCUGCUUAGCCACUCGUUUCUCCCCUAAAGCGAUGCGGGGGCUUUUGAAGCUGUACGAGAAGACGAACGAUACCCGGAAGAUGUUAGGCGCCUUGAUUCGUUUGAUCGCCUGGCAAUAUCGCUGGUACUCCGAGUUUUCUCCGGAGCUGCUCUUCUUGAUGCGCAAGCUGAUCGAGGACGAGGGGGCUGUGAAGGUCCGCAGUAUCGUUCAGGCCACCAACCUGCCCCAGCCUGUUCUGGAUCUUACGCAUCAAUACUGCCAGCUUUGUGCCACCUUCCGCAGCAGCGGUAGUGACACUUGA